CCCCCCCUCCAACUGAUUUUCCUGCUCUUUAGCGCCAAACAACCCAAAACACAGAGAAACAAACGCUUCCAAAUCCAAAUACCAGAUUAUGAUCUCACUCACUCCUACUCCCUCUCUCGUCCACCGCACAAGCUCCGCCGUCGUCUUCCUCUUCCCGAUCCCAAACCCGACAAGGGUGCACCCUAGCAGUAGCACCAGCCCCUUCAGGAUCCGAUGCUCUUCGGCUGGCUCGGGCUUGCAGGAGGCACCCAAGUCCUCCGAGGAGAGGAAGCUGAGCUCCGAGCUCUACUCGUCGAUGCCAUUCCCAGCGGUGAAGGGGGCAAAGAGGGUGGUGCUGGUGAGGCACGGGCAGAGCACGUGGAACGAGGAGGGCCGGAUCCAGGGGAGCUCCAAUUUCUCUGUGCUCACCAAGAAAGGCGAGGCUCAGGCUGAGACUUCUCGCCUGAUGCUCAUCGAUGAUGCCUUCGAUGUCUGCUUCACCAGUCCCCUGACGAGGUCAAAGAGAACAGCUGAAAUUAUAUGGGGCCCUCGCGAAGAGGAAAUGAUUAUGGACUCUGAUUUGAGGGAAAUUGACUUGUAUGCAUUCCAAGGCCUCUUGAAGCAUGAGGGAAAAGCAAAAUUUGGUGAAGCUUUUCAUCAAUGGCAGGUAGAUGCUGCAAACUUUAUUAUUGACGGUCAUUAUCCUGUGAGAGAGUUAUGGGCGCGUGCUAGGAGCUGCUGGAAUCGAAUACUGUUGCAUGAAAGCAGGUCUGUUCUUGUGGUUGCUCACAAUGCUGUUAAUCAAGCUCUCAUUGCAACUUCUAUUGGAUUGGGAACGGAGUACUUUAGGGUUUUGGUUCAGAGCAAUUGUGGUGUAAGUGUGCUGGAUUUCAUCCCACGAGCUGAGGGUGGAUCACCAUUAAUUUGCCUUAAUCGCCUAAACCAGACCCCAAGUUCACCGGUUGCUAGUGGAAGUUCAGGGGGAAGGAAAGCAAGUAAGCGCAUUGUACUUGUUUGUCAUGGAUCCACACAGAGCGACACAGAGACUGGUUUUCCUUCGACCGGGGAUCAACCAAUGGACAUGCUUGGGGUUAUAAAGUCCCAGAAAACUGCAGAGCUACUUCUUGAUUUGAAAGUGAGUUCUAUAGUUAGCAGUCCGAAGAAAGCUUGUGUUGAAACAGCAAUUACCAUCUCCAAAGUGCAAGAAGCUGCAGAUUGCUUGGGUGUUGAUUGUGUGCCGCGUGGCGUGGAAAUGAAACAGAUGGAGAACCUUGAUGUUGAAGACAUCCUUCAGCGCUCAUCUAAGGGCGGAACAAAGAUUCUACCUAUUCGGCCUGGUUGGUUGAAUGGAUACGAGGACAGUGUGAUGGGAGAUGUGUGGGACCAAUCCGAGAAAGCCUGGCAGUAUCUCAUAAACGAACUAGCUGCUGAAGCCGAACCAGAAAGAGUUGUUGUAGCAGUUGGCCAUCCUGCAUUGCACAUAGCACUGAUGGGCCACUGCCUGAAUCUGACAAAAGAAUGGUUGGGAUCAUUUCAUCUUGAUGCAGGAAGCAUCAGUGUCAUCGACUUUCCUGACGGUCCUAAUGGAAGAGGAGUUAUUCGGUGCGUAAACUAUACCGCUCAUAUGGGGAGAUGGGCGACCCCCAUCACCAGAUCAACACUCGACGACGAAGAGUUUUAGAUGAGAGAAUUUGUAAGGAUAUUAAGUAAAUUGGAAAUGAUUCAUCUAGUAACAAGUACGUAAGUAUAUUGAUCUUCUGAGU